UGAAAAAGAAAAUUAGAAAACAAACCUUUUUUUGUUCCCCCUUUACCAACUCUUCCUCCGCCUCGCCCCCGCGCAGUGUCUUCCUCCACCCCACCUUUUUCAGUCUCUUCCCCGCCCACCACCCCCCCCCCCCCGGCGUUUAUAUAUCCUCUUCCGACCCGAGCUUAUCUCUUCCUCCCUCACCGCCCCUUUUUCCUCCCUCCCCCCGAAACCCUCUCACUGUCUUCCAUCCAUUAACGAGGUUGAAAUUUGGUAUAAUGGAGGUCGUGGACCGGGAGAAGAAGAAGAAGAUCAAUGACAUUGAUGAAGGAGAAGAUCACUAUGCUUCUGUGUCUGCUUCCAAGUCGCAAUUCAGGAAAGUCAUAUUGAAGGCUCGCUGGAGUGAUGAGAUGGGUAUGGCUGAGGUUGUAGAUAAAAAGGGUGCAAUUUGGAGGACCACGGGAAUUGUUCGUAGUGGCAAGCUCUAUUUCUUCAUUGAGGAAGUUUUGUUUUGGAUUGAAAUAGGGGCUUUGCUUCUCAUGGAUGAUGGUGAUAUAAGCCUUUCCUUGGAAGAUAUGUAUGUGAAGAUUUCAGAUGGAAAGCAUGGGUGCAGUUGGGAGGAAUUUCAAGCUUAUAGGCAACUCAAAUCUCUCGGUUACAUUGUUGGGCAGCAUGGUAUCCCCUGGUCUAUGAAGAGUGCGAAGAGUAAUCAUGAAUCUGUUUCUUCUCAGGGUGGCCUUGAUAGCGAUGAGGAGGUGGAUUUGGAUUCAGAAGAGUCUAGGUCUGUCAUUGGAUUGUUCAAUGAUAUGCAAAUUAAUGAAACAAGGCUGGUAUUUGAUGUUUAUCUCCCAAACAGCAAGUUCAGGAAAUCUUCUCCUGGUGACCCAAGUUUUGUGCUCUGCUUUACCAGAGGUCAUCCACCACCCAAAGCAGACCUAGAAGCCCUCGAGAGACGAUGCGAUAACAUUCCCAUGAAAGUUUGUCAUGUGGAGGAGGGGGUUGUGAGUUUCUUUUCCUUUGACAAAGUGGAACUUCCUAUCCUACCUUGAUACCAGGAUUUGAUACUGGUGUAUACUACAUGAGUCGAUGCAACACCAACAACAUAUUAGCAUCUCUCUUGACUAAAAGCAUACUUGUAUUUUUCAACUUAGCCACUUAGUAUUACGGUUUAGUGAUAUUUCUCUUCACUUGUAAGUGAGAGGUCUUAGGUUCAACUCUCGCUAAAGACGAAUUUGAACCACAUUAUUACUAACGCAUUAUGAGGCGAAGCCCAACUUCUCUCUCUUGGAGUAGAUAAUAUCGUUUGUAAGAAAGAAAAAAAAAAUAAUAAUAAUCUCCUCGCUUCAACAUAGCCUUA